UGGGUUUUUGGGCUUUUGGGUCUGAGACUUUAAAUCAAAAUGGGUCGGUGUUGGGUUUGGUUUGAGUUUUGGAGUGGGCUUUGGGUUUGAUGGGUUUUGGGUUUGGGUUUGAGAAAUGGACUAGAUUUAUAGCUUAAAGGAUUUCAUCCCCAAACUUUUGAUUUCUUCAAUUGAGUCCCUUGUUUCUUCUUCUCCAACUUUUUCGUGAAAUUUCCUUUUGCUUGCAAACCUAAAAAUGAAAGUAAAAUCGAAUAGUUUAAUUAAGAUAAAAACUAACAUAAAAUAAAAUCUUUUUUAAAAAUUUUGAGUUAUGACAGGUGGGAUCCAGAAAUUUGCAAGGAUGUGGUCGAACCCACUAAAAAGGGUCAAAUGAGAGGGUUGUACACACUUCAGGACCCAGCAGAGCAUGGCAUACCGUGGCGACGAUAUGAGCUUAGUGAGGCCUCGUCCUCUACCACCAGGAUGCUUAUGACGCAAGUCCAUCGGUUGCAGACUAAGGUUGCACAAGUUAGGCAAGAAAUGGCAAAGCGAGUACAAUUAGAGACUGCACGUAUUCAGUCAAAGGUAUCACAGAGAGUUUCAGAAAUGGAGGUUGCAUUUGAUAGGAGAAUUCAAGAGCAUAUUGCAUUACUUAGCCAGCAGUAUGCAUCUAUCGGACUUCCGCUGUCACAGACUGUUGCUCCUUCACAGGUUGGCGGUCCUUCAGAGGCUAGUGGGUCUAGAUUUGAUCAUUUAUCACCACCUACUUAGGUUCUCCCUGUUUGUUGGGAUUUUGCAAGAUGAAGUGGAUCCAAUGGUGUCCGUAAUGAAGGUUGAAAGACUCC